UUUGAUCCUUUAUUGAUUGAAAGCAAAACAGCAGCAACAGUUGUGCUAAUGCUUGGUUCUCCUGAAGAGGAAGUUUUGGCCAAAGCAUGUGAUGCUCUAUAUAAAUUUGCAUCAAAAGGUGAUGAAAACAAGGUGACACUUCUUGGUCUUGGAGCAGUGGAACUUCUGUAUAAACUCAUCUCACAUGAAGAUCCAAUUGUACGCAGAAAUGCCAUCAUGGUAUUUGGCAUCAUGGCUUCUAAUCAUGAUGUCAAGAAGUUACUGAGAGGACUGGAUGUCACAAAUUCACUUAUAUCACAGCUGGCGCCAGAAGAAGAUGUAGUUAUCCAUGAAUUUGCUACUCUGUGUCUAGCACAUAUGGCUGCUGAAUAUACUACUAAAGUACGAAUAUUUGAGCAAGGUGGAUUAGAACCACUUAUCAGACUGCUAGGUAGCCCUGAUCCUGAUGUUAAGAAGAAUUCAGUUGAAUGUAUCUACCUCCUGGUGCAGGAUUUUCAAAGCCGUGCUGCAGUUCGUGCGCUGAAUGUAAUUCCACCCUUGCUGGAACUACUGAAAUCUGAAUACCCAGUUAUUCAGUUGUUAGCCCUUAAAACCUUAGAAGUAAUUAGCAAAGACAGAGAAACCAGGAUAAUACUGGGAGAAAAUAAAGGAUUAGAUUGUCUUCUGAAGAUACUGGAAACCAAUGAGUUCAGCGAUCUACAUGUGGAAGCUCUUGCCGUGUUGGGAAAUUGUCUGGAAGAUGUGGAUACUCUGCAACUGAUUCAGCAGACAGGAGGCCUUAAAAAGCUACUUUCAUUUGUAGGAGUCUCUACUGUUCCUGAUAUUCAGAAGAAUGCAGCAAAGGCAAUUACCAAAGCAGCUUAUGAUU